GUUAUACUACACUUAUGUGACAUACAGUACAAACUAAACUGGAAAGUGACAUGAGAAAAACUAGAAAAAAAUAUUUUUAAAAGUUUUAGCUAAUGUGCUGAUAAAAAAUUAAUUGUCUAAUUGAACAAUAAACAGAAAUAAAUAAACAUAUUUAAAUAGUUUAAAUACAAUUGUUUUCAAAACAAAACGGGCCAGUGGCAAAACAUAAAUAAAAUUUUAUUUAAAUUAUUUACACGAGUUCGUGCAGUACUCAUAAAUUUUUGGACAAAAUUGUCGCCAACGACGAACGUAAAAUGUUUGAUCCAUUUGUUAAAAUCAAGAAAAAGCGAAAUCUAAAUGUUGUCGAUAUCUUAGAUAGUGUCGCGGGUGAACUCGAGCUGGCUGUCGCGCCGUCAGAGCAGGCGGUCAUAGAGCACGUUAUUGCCGAGGAACCAGUGUUGGUCGUGGAAGAAACAGAACAACAACCGCAGCAACAGCAGCGAGUGAAGCAACAAUUGUUGCAUUCCAACGCAGAGCAGCGGGUGCAACAACCGCCAGAACAGCAGCAGCAGCAACAACAAGAACCAGAGCCAAAUGUCAAUUGUUAUUGUGUAAGUAGUGCAGCGUUAAUUGGUGCAAAAGCAACAGCUGCAGGCGCAAGCGCAAGCACCAACACCGUAGCUAGGCCCGCAAUAUCGCCUACAACCACAGGCACAGUUGCCACAAUAGAAGCAGCCGCCUCGUCCGCUACAUCGCCGCUCUUGGAUGCGAUUGCUAGCAGCAGUAACAGUAGUUGCAACAACAGUAGCAGUAGCAGUGGUGUUAGCGGUAAUAACAGUUCCCAAGUGAGUGGCAGCAGUGUAAGCCGUCAAUUGGCUAGCAGUAGCAGUGGUAGCAGCAAUAGUAAUUGCAGUCGCCUGCAACAGUUGAUAUCGACGCCACCAGUGGCAUUGCGCGGUCUGUCGUCCUACUGCAACAGCGAUUUGCAGCCGUCAGCACAACAACAUCAGCCAACGCUAGGUCACCAACACGCGCCACAAUCGGCGGCCGCUGUGCCCACAUUGCCUCAAUUACAGUUGCAAUUGCAGCAGCCAACGCUGCAUCAACAACAGCAGCAGCAGCAAGCGCCUUCGGUGUUGCAGCAACAUUUGGGUCACCUAAAUUUCGAAAGUGGAGCAACGAGUGUAAGCGCCAGCAGUAGUAGCGGCAGUAGCAACAGCAACAAUAAUAACAACAAUUGUAGUAGCAGCAGCAACCUGCGAAGUAGCACAACAACGUUGCAGCGACACUUGGCCUCGCCAAGCAACAUUCUCCAGGAAGCGUUCAGCAAUAAUUUGCACAGAAUUUUAAAGCGUUCACACAGUUCCUCAACGUUGGCGUCUAACAACAACAACAAUCCGAGCAGUAAUUCCAUUUCUUCCUCCCCAGCAUCGCCGCCAUCCUCUUCUGCGAUCUCAAAUUCCAAUUUCGCCGGCACGCCCACUUCACUAUUUGCCAGUAUUUACGGUAGCAACAAUAGUAGUAGCAGUAACAACAACAAUAACAAUAGCCACCAAAAUCACCACCACUUGAAUAACAGUAUAAUUGCCAGUCGUCUUUUCGGCGGCAACAGCAACAGCAAUAACAACAACAGCCAUCCCAACCAACAACACAACAAUCUGCAUCAGAAUAACCACAGCCACCUCCAACAACAACUCACAGCGCCAAGCAGCAGCAGCAUAGCGGCUGCAUCGGCAGCCACAUCAAGCGCCGCUGCUAGUAUCUCAUCCACCCCGCAGCAACAACACACUAACAAUAGCAACUGCCACCAACACCGCCUGCCGCAACAUAGCCACCACCGAGACCAUCAUUCCGCUCUCACCAAUUCGAUAACGAAUCGCAUCAACCAAUCCAUUAGGCGGCAUGUGAAUCAGCAGCAGCAACAACAUCACCAAUUACAGCAGUACAAUCCGCAAGUGACAAAUAAUAACAACAUAACAAAUAAUACAACAAAUAACCACCGAAUACAACAACAGCAACAGCCUAUUCCUCAACAUUCACGUUUCCCACAACCGCAGCAACAACAGCAAAAUAAUCAUAAUUUACAACAUCACUUGCAACAAUCAAGUAAUCAACAACAACAACAACAGCAUCUUCAAAACAGUGGCAGCAGUGGUAGUAACAACAACCAACAACUGCAGCCACACCAACAACAUCAUCAUCAUAUUCACCAACAAAACCAUCAUCAAAAUCAACAACAACAACAAUCUCCUCUGUGCCUAGUAUUAUUAGUUAAAUGUCCGAAUUCUAAGGAAUUUUGUAACGCCGCCGCCGCCAACGCCGUCGCUGCAGCCGCACAUUUCUGUGAUAAUAAAAGAUUGCCGGUAAACGAAUGUCAGGCAAUUCAAACCGCUAGAGUGACAUCUAACCUGAGCGCAUCGAGUAGUACAAUGGCGGUCAGUCGAGUACCAUCGCCACCUUUGCAGGAAGUAAAUACACCCGUAGCCGAAAAUUGGUGUUACACACAGGUGAAAGUGGUGAAAUUCAGUUAUAUGUGGACCAUAAAUAAUUUUAGUUUUUGUCGUGAGGAAAUGGGUGAGGUACUGAAAUCGUCCACAUUUUCUGCUGGUGCUAGUGAUAAACUAAAAUGGUGUUUACGCGUCAAUCCAAAAGGUCUCGAUGAGGAAAGCAAAGACUACCUGUCGUUAUAUUUAUUAUUAGUUUCGUGUAAUAAAUCAGAAGUUAGAGCCAAAUUUAAAUUUUCCAUAUUGAAUGCGAAAAGGGAAGAAACCAAAGCCAUGGAAUCGCAGAGAGCUUACCGUUUUGUACAAGGCAAAGAUUGGGGCUUCAAAAAGUUCAUAAGACGAGAUUUUCUAUUAGAUGAGGCCAACGGUCUGCUGCCCGAGGACAAAUUAACCAUAUUCUGUGAAGUUAGCGUUGUAGCUGAUAGUGUGAAUAUCUCUGGUCAAUCAAAUAUUGUACAAUUUAAAGUACCCGAAUGUCGACUAUCCGAGGAUUUGGGUGCAUUAUUUGAUAAUGAGAAAUUCAGUGAUGUUACGUUGGCGGUGGCCGGACGGGAAUUUCAAGCGCAUAAAGCUAUUUUGGCAGCACGUAGUGAAGUCUUUAAUGCUAUGUUCGAGCACGAAAUGGAGGAACGCAAAUUAAAUCGUGUCGAUAUACACGACGUCGAUCACGAAGUUCUGCGAGAAAUGCUGCGUUUUAUCUAUACUGGCAAAGCGCCAAAUUUAGAAAAAAUGGCCGAUGAUCUCCUAGCCGCUGCUGAUAAGUACGCCCUCGAAAAGCUGAAAGUGAUGUGCGAAGAGGCGCUUUGCCUUAAUCUCUCCGUGGAAACCGCAGCGGAAACUUUAAUAUUAGCCGAUCUCCAUAGUGCGGACCAGUUGAAAGCACAAACCAUAGAUUUCAUAAAUACUCACGCCACCGAUGUGAUGGAAACAGCCGGCUGGCAGAGUAUGAUCGCGACACAUUCACACUUGAUUGCGGAGGCAUUUCGUGCGCUUGCCACACAACAAAUCCCACCAAUUGGACCACCAAGGAAGCGUGUAAAAAUGAGCUGAAAUCGCAAUGGUGCAUACAAUAAUAAAUUUAAUUAUAAUAACAACAACAAAUACAGCAGCAACAACAAUAAUAAUACUUAUAACCAUAACAAAUACAACAAUACACAUACAUUUAAUUAUAAAAAUAAAUACAACAACAAAAACAAUAGUAAAAACAAAUGUAGCAGCAGCAACAGCAACGCAAAAUUCAACAACAACAACAACAACAACCAGAAUGCAUGCGAACAGCAGAAAUGUUACCAGCGGACGCACAACAACAACAACAGCGAAGGACGUCAACUCAGUUUACAAAUCAUCAAUUGCCACUUGCACAGCAACAAACAACCAGUAAUGUCCAUGCAGAGCUCUAUAAUGCCGUACAACAACAACAAUUACGUAACAUACAGCUUUUCAAGGACGCGACGUGGGCGUGGGUCUAAUAGCAAUUUUUUAGUAGUAUGCAAACUGGGAAACAACAACAAACAGAUAAGAACUAAUCACAAAAAUUACAACAAUGUGCAAGACAAUUGCAACAACGGCAACAACAUGAUAUUUGCUGCGAUAAUGCAAAGUGGGAAAAAUCGCAACAGCCAUAAAUACAACAACUGCAGCAGUAACAAAAGCAUUGACAGUUAUAGCAAGCAGAAUAUUGUGUGCCGUCAGCUCCGGUCGUGGCAAAGCGUUGCUAAUGCAGGCAAGCAACAGCUGUUGAAGCCGGAGAGACGCAGGCCACAAAUAUGCGCAGUGUUGACGCAGAUUUACGCAGGCGCCGCAAUGCAGGCAAGCAGGCGCAUGCAACAAUUGCUAAAUGUCGCUAUAGCGUUACUAACAACAACAAUACAAACAAGCAUCCUCAUUUUAGCUGCUAGUGCAGCUGUCGCGGUGCGUAUACACGCCAAUUUCAUACACAGCCAUGAACAUAUAAAUGAGUAUAGGCGUUCUCGCCCGCUUUGCUUAGUAAAUUAGCAACAAUAAAAUUAUUUUUAUUUUUAUGAAAUAUCCAAUUAAAUAUUUCAAUUGAAAUUAUAUACGAAGAAAAAGUUGAGUAAACAAGGCAAAUGCAUAAAUAAUUUAUGUAUAAACAUAUGGAUAGCAGUAAAUGAAAUUAAUAGCAUGCCAGCAAAGUUGUUGUACAACUACUUAUUUAAAUUUUGUGUGCUGCUUAUAUGUUUUGUUGUUGUAUGCAUGCGCAAUGUUUUUGAACUAUUUUCUGUCAAAGCUAAGUGUUUUUCAACAUUUUAAUUCUGCUAAAAAUAAUUUUGGAAAUCGUACGUUUUCUUAAAGCAGUACACCUCAAAUUCAAAAUAAAAAACAAAUUAAAUUCAAAAAAAAAAAAAA